AUUCGGUUGGUGCCUGGUUAUUUGCUCAUUCGGCUUCGACGUGCAUAGAAUGAGACGCUAGGAACGCAACGCAAUGGAAUGGAACGAAAUUCAAUGGCAUGGAACUUUCUCACUAAAUGCCGCUCGGUCUCACGAAUUCCUACUAUGCAAAUAGUUCUUCAAUUACGCUGGACUUUGUGGGCUCAGCUCGACCUUCUCACUUCACCAUGUCUAUUCCAAGUAAGUCCUCGACGCUGCACGAACAAUGUGCACUCGUUCUAGCCUGUCCACAACGACUCGUCCGUGAGUCUGGAGAUGACUCUCCGUGGUUUCUGGCCUCGUCUGGCCUCGUCUGGCCUCGUUCCUUUUGAUAUAUAUAUAUAUAUGCAUUCAGAUAUUCUUCCUGCUAUUUCUCUUUUUCAAGCCAUCGACACACCAGGAGCUCUCGCGGAUACCAACUUGCUUCACGAAAGUAAAGAUUUAUAGGGGCAAGAGAAUAUAUGCAGUUUAACAGUCUCAGUCCAAGUGCUCCAAGUCUUGUCAGUGACGAUGGGCCCCGCGGAGCUACCUUCGGCACCAGUCAAACAGCGGACACAGAGGUUCAAGUUCUUCCCCAACCUGCCCAGCGAGAUCCGACUCAUGGUCUGGAACUUUUGCUUGCCUGGUCCGCGGGUACUCGACGUCAAGAUGCGUCGCAUAUUUUUCCGCGCAUCCACCGGCAAAGUCACCAAUUCCCCUCGGUUCAUGAGCUCACUCGACCACCCCGUCAUCCUGCACAUAUGCUCUGAAUCCCGCUCGGUGGCCCUGAAACACUACACGCUUGCGUUUCCGAACACGAUGAGGUUGAAGACGAAGACAUCGCCGGCGCAGAUCUAUAUUGAUUUCUCCAUAGACAUGGUCUGGUUCGAUAAUCUACACUAUUUCCCGACUCAGUGGUUCCAUUCGGCGAGGACAUCUCCCAACACCAACUUGGCGAAGAUCAGAUUCCUCGUUAUGAGGCAUUGCGUGGAUCACAUUGUGAUGGACUCAACGAGGUCGCUUACUCCAGGGUUCUUCCCGGCUCUGGAGGCUAUAUAUCAAGUUGACCAUCGGAUAAAAGUCCCUCACUCGGUCUCGUUGGAUGUUCACGGACAAUGUAUCAGUAGGCCUUUGGCUAAGUUGUGGGAGAAGGAUGGGAAAAAAUGCCCUAUUAUUUACUUGGCCCAUGCGAAUGAGAUACCCUAGGGGCGUCUGGAGUUGAUUUGAUAUAGAG